GUUGAAGUGUCAGGUACAUUCGUGCAGGUUAAGGUCAGUGGUAUAUAGUCUUAGAGCGCUUAUUUGUCAGAAAUGAAGCAGUGGAUAAUCCUUUUGAAACGAUUAGGAUACAGGAUAUUUCAGCCCUUCAUUCUCUUCCUAACCAGCAAUAAAAUGGCUUCGGCACUUCCGGUACAUUAUCUUCCUGACCCCCCAACACUCACCACUACGGUUCGACGGAGACUUCGUAAACUCUGCAAUCAUGUUUAUCCUUUCCUUACUCAAGCCAUGCUUGAUGUCUCGCGGAUGCUGAGAGAUCAAGAAAGAGUAGUAGGACCAAUCAAAAUGGAAUAUCAAGAACAUCAGAUGCCAAUUGCACUAUCUGGCGGGGAUUUCAUGAGUAAAGGUUCUGCCGAUGCAAAAGUGAAAGAACUCCUGGAAGUUAUUUCUGCACUUCGGGGAACUUUGUGCGAAUAUGAUGGAGUGGGAUGCUCCGCAUCGAAAAGCAAUAUUGGUUGCCUCUUCUUCCAAUCAGAGGAAAUCCAAUGGGCAGAAUACGAUAGAGUGUGCCAAGAAUUGAAAAAUCGUGGAAAACAAAUUGAAUGCGUUGAGGAAGUACUGCGAAAAACGAAAACGGCAUCAAAAUUGAAUUUCGUUAAUUUUCUUGAAGGUGGGCCAUCAACAUUAUGUGAUUACUCCGAUUUUACUGCAAAUUUUGACAAUUUCAAUCUCAACCUAAAUGUCGAAUAA